AGUAUGUUGUCUCGAAAUUUCGAUAGAAGACUCGAAUACUCUUUCUGUGCGUCACCUCAUUUCGAGCGGAUAUAAAAGCGCGCCACCAAGACGCCUAGACUCAGUAAACGUGCAACUGACAACGAAUAAACUUUAUAAGCAAAAAUCGAAGUAUCGAAGCAGUGUUGAAAGAUUUUAAAAUUCGAAAAAAAAAAAAAAGGAAACAUUUUGAAUAAAAACAUAGAUGAGAAUAAGAAUGUCUCUAAUACCAAGAUUAUUUUCACAUUGGUGGGAAACGUUGGAACAACCACAUAGAUUGAGGGGUCAACGUUUUGGUAUGGGAAUCAAUCCAGAAGAAUUUUUGCAACCAUCCGUGUUAGAAAGAUUGGAGGAUAGAAGAUGGUCACCGCUAUUAGCAUCACCAUCAUCAUUUUACAACUAUUAUCGACCAUGGGCUGAUCUCUUACGUGACGAAGAUACCGGUGGUUGGUCUGUCGUUAAAAAUGACAAGGAUAAAUUUCACGUGACUUUGGAUGUUCAACAUUUUAAGCCUGAUGAAAUUAACGUCAAAAUUGUCGAUAAUUACAUCAUCGUUGAAGGCAAACAUGAAGAAAAAGAAGAUGAACACGGUAUCAUUUCGAGACAGUUCGUUCGAAAAUAUUUAAUACCCGACCAAUGUGAUCCUGAAAAAGCAACAAGUUCCUUAUCAUCCGAUGGUGUCCUCACGAUAACAGCACCUAGGAAACCAGAGGCUAUUGAAGAAAAGAAGGAACGAGUUAUUAAAAUCGAACAUACUGGAAAACCAGCUUUGGAAAAUGAAGAGGAGAAGAAGUCUGCUAUUAAACAAUGAACAAAAAAAUAUUAA